GAUAAUUUCAUUGAACUAUGUUCAUGAGACACUUUAUUCGUUCGCAUCAAUGAAACGAUAAUUCACAUAUGGUUUAUUAAAAUAGCAAGCACAUCAUCAAGUAACGCUUCCGCAAUCCGGCAAAUAUAUGCAUAAAAGGAUACGCAACAGCUUUUGGCAAAAUGAUCAAAACGGGAGAGGAUAACCUACGGCAUGUGCAGUAUCAGCAAACAGUAGAAUUCAAUGGACAAGAAGACCAACAUUCAGUUGAAUUAUAUAGUGCCAAUGUUUCUGUUAUUCCUUCACCAGGAGAUCAUAAUCAUGGGAGUUCAAAGGUGAAAUUAAAAAAUAUUGUUGAUUUUACAUGGGAACAUAACUUUUAUCCAGGCCAGUUAUUGGCAGUUCAUAUGUCUGGGAAAUAUUUAGCUUAUGGCAUAAAAGUUGGUAAUGGAGGAGGUAUGGUGAGAGUUGUGUACAAAGAAUUGGAACAAAGAGCUCUAUUAAGAGGAAUGAGAGCACCAAUACAAGAUUUGGCUUUUGCACAUGUUUCAAAUGCAAUUUUAGCAUGUGUUGACUAUUUGGGAAACCUUUUUAUACAUACCAUUGAAUCAACACCAUCUGAAUUGCUAUGUAGUUUAUUACUGCAAGUAGAUGCAGAAGAUAUACCUGCUACCAGCCAUCGUGUGAUAUGGUGUCCCUAUAUUCCUGAAGAUGUACCAUCUGAUGGGGAUGAAGUAUCAAAGCUCUUAGUUUUAACACGUGGUUCCAAAGUAGAGUUGUGGUCCGUUAAUACUGUUGCAUCAAGAUUUAGAUUAGUAGAGGCAAGUAAUCCAGCUGUAAAGGAAAAUGGGGGCAUGUUGGAAAUCGACCAACACUCUGACACAAUUGUAGAAGCAACAUUCAGUCCAGAUGGAACAGCUUUGGCCACAGCUAGUUUUGAUGGGGAAGUCAAAUUCUUUCAAGUUUAUUUGCAUGGCAAUUCUCAUGGUAAUCAAGCACAACCACGUUGCUUACAUCAAUGGAAACCACAUGAUGGACGACCUAUUUCCUGCUUAUUCUUUCUAGAUGAUCAUAAAACAUACCAGCCUGAUGUUCAAUUCUGGAGGUUUGCCAUAACUGGAUGUGACAAUAAUACAGAAUUAAAAGUGUGGUCUUGCGAAUUAUGGUCCUGUUUGCAAACUAUUAAAUUUACAUCGACACCUUCUACCAAUAAACUACCGGUGCUAAAAGCGGGUUUAGAUCUUAGUGCUGGAUAUCUUUUAUUAUCAGAUAUAUACAAUAAAGUCCUGUAUAUAUUAAGUCUUACAAAAGAUAGUGGGGAAGCAUUAGCAUGUGUAAGUACAAUAUCAGAGUUCCUUCUGCCGUAUUCAAUACUGAGUUUCGGAAUUGUCGACGCUGGUCUACGUAAAAUACGUCCUGCUGGUGAAUCGUUAGAAGAUUUAUGUCCUUGCGAAGAAGAAUCCGAAGAACAGCUUGUUAUUCGGAUGUAUCUAGUCCAACCAAAGUCACUACAAGAAUGUCAUAUUGCUUUUAAGCCUGCCUCAGAAGUGAGUGGUAAUUGCCUCAUGGACACAUUGACUCAUGAUUCAUUGGACUAUUCUGAAGAAUUGCCAGAUAUGGGAACUGUUAAUCUCAAUGGAAUUUCAGGAGAAAAUUGUGAAGAAGAUCGUUCGUUAUCUGCUACAAUUGAAGCAGCAACGAAUCAUAAUGCUGGGUUGAAUCUAAUGACACCUGAUGCGUUCAGUUCACCCGCCAAAAAAGAAAAUAACGACUUAGAUUCUCGUCCUAGUAGUCCAGAAUUGGGUAAAGUGUUAUCCGCUAGUCCUUCGCUCGCGCAAGCGGUACAAGCUCUAAAUGCAACGGAUCCGCCACUAGCCACAAGCGAGUUAGAGGAACAAGCACCUGCUAGUAGUGGUAGUAGUCCAUCCAGAGAAGUAAGAGAAAUUUUGUCUCUUACAAAACCAGAUGAAGAACCAGAAAAUGAAAGUAAGCCAGAACCUACCAGUGAUGAGGAGUAUUGGCGUGAUAUUCCGCUGGACUUCUUAAAAGAUAUGAACACACAUGCAAUGCAAGAAGCUGGAGGAUUUACAAACAAAGAAGAGAAGAGAAAAAAGUUAAAAGACGAAUCAAAACCGACGACGCAUACUGCAGGAAAUGCUGAGAACACUUGGCAAGCAACAAAUGAAUUAAAUACGCUUGAUCUUAUAAAUAAAGUAGAAUCAAUUUUAGAAAUAAUUCAAGAUCAACGACAAGAAUUAAGGGAAUUACGUACUGAAGUAACUAGAUUAAGGCAAGAAACGCCGAUUUCGACACGAGUAGAAUCUGCUCUAGCAAGAGCUUCAGAACAACAGAAUGCAACAUUAGAACAAACAUUAUAUGGCCAAGUGGCUCGCCAACACGAUUUCUUUAAUACGCUAGAAACAACAAUCAAAGAAAAAAUUGAAACCACUUUGCCAAGAAUUGUUGAAGAUACGGUAGAGCCAUUAAAGCACCAACUUAGAUUAGAUUCUGCUCAAAUGGAUGAACUCCUAAAAGAGAAUUUAAUAGAACUAAUUAAUAACACUCAUGUGAAAGAUACGCUUGCUAUGGCAGCAGCAGAUGCAACAAAACCAGCAUUUGAUGCUGCAUUUAAGGAAGCCUUUACAAAUGUUCUUUUACCCAGCAUGGAAAAAGCGUGUCAAACUAUGUUUAGACAAGUACAAGAUGCUUUUGUUAGGGGUACUCGUGAAUAUCUUGAGAAUGUAGACACAAUUGUAGAGAAGCAAUAUCAACAACGAAACGAGCAACAAAGUGAGGCGCUAUCUGCAUUAGUUCGCGAAGAAUUACAAACAGAACUAAAUAGAGGUUUAACUGCUCUACAAGAAGGAACGAUACGUACAAUUCGUGACUCUAUUAGAGACAAUUUAAAUCAACAACUUACAGAAAUUACAAACGCUCGUUCUCGAGCUACCACACCUGCUAUACCAGUACCUGCAGUUGCUGAUGCUCAAGCACGAGUUAUGUCUCUUCUUCAAAGGGGACAGUUAAAUGCUGCUUUCCAACAGGCUUUAAGUGCUAGUGAUUUAGGUUUGGUAGUAUUAGUUUGUGAAAAGACAGAACCCGCCAGAGUAUUUUCUUCUAUAGGACCGCAAGGUCAAGGCUCGCGGUGUAUUUUACAACAGCCUGUAAUUCUUUCACUUGUACAACAAUUAUCGGCAGAUUUAGGACAUCGUACAGAACUCAAACACAGGUGGCUAGAAGAAGCAAUACUUAACUUAGAUCCUAAUGAUCCAGUAACACGAGAGCAUAUGGGUACUGUGUUAAUGACAUUACAAACUCAAUUGGCUGCUUUUUUAGCCGCCAAUCCAAAUCACAGUUCUACUCGUCGUAUGAAAAUGUUAGCUAUGGCUGCACGUGCACUUUUAAAUCAACAUCCUUGAUGUCAAAUACGUAUGGAAUAGAAAGAGCCCAUUGACAUGAGGUUUUAUACGUUUUGUUUAAAAAAUACCUUAA